AUGAGUCUCGACUCGUGCAACUGCCUGUGCCCGCCAGACCGCCCGACGCGAGAGCUAGUGCUCUGUUUUGAUGGAACAGGGAACACUUUCCGCGUGGAUGGCGGGGAUAGCAACAUUCUCAAGAUCUUCCGCAUGCUAGACCGCAAGAAGGAAAACCGAUACUGCUACUACCAGCCCGGCAUAGGAGAAGACAUCAGGCCUGGGACCUUCGCCAACGCGGCUGUCCGUCCCUUUAGCAACAUCGCCCCCAACGCGAUCAUUGAUGAGGCGCUCGCGACCUCUUUUGCCCAGCAUGUUAUCUAUGGAUACCGAUUCCUCGCUCGUCGCUGGAUCCCCGGAUCGCACAUCUACCUGUUUGGUUUCUCGCGCGGGGCCUACACGGCGCGGUUCCUCAACGAGAUGCUUGACUUUAUCGGGUUAAUCUCAGCUGAUAACGAGGAGAUCAUGCCCCUUGUCUGGGAAGCGUUCACAUCGUAUAAGUUUGCCAACAGUGGCAAGGAAUCCGAACAGGCCGAGUAUUUUCUCCGCAUGUGCCGCGACACGAUGUGCCGAUCGGUGGGCCGCGUGCACUUCCUUGGCCUUUUUGAUACAGUCAACAGCGUGGCGAAGUUCAACAUCUACGAUGACCAUAGAGACAUGCGGAUCCAACCGAAACCGCGAAUCAUGCGACAUGCAGUUAGCAUUGAUGAGCGCCGAAUUAAAUUCCAGCCGGUCUACUUUUCUGGCGACCAUAGCGACGUUGGUGGUGGAUGGCCGCGUGAGUUGGGCAGAGACUAUGUAGCCAGCCAGAUCCCCCUUAUGUGGAUGGUGGAGGAAUCCAUCGAUGCCGGACUGUCCUACGAGCCCGAACAGUUACACAAGCUUGGUUGCUUUGACUUCAAAAAGCAGGAGCAGAGCAAUCCAGAAGUGAUACACCAGGCCGAGCGAGCUAUCCUGCAUGAUUCCCUCAUGUACGACUCGGGCAAGGCGCUAGAGACGUUGUUCUGGCGAGUGCUCGAAUGUUUGCCCAUCAAGCGGCCCAAAGUGGCACCGGAUGGAAGGGUGCAAUCGACCCGAUGGCAUGUCGGGGGGUUGCGACGACCUCUGCCACAAGGAGCCAAGCUGCACUACAGUGUGAUUGAGCGCCUCAAGCGGGACCCGGACUAUCGGCCCUACAAUCUCGGGGUUGGAAAUUUGGCGGAGGUGGACGAUGUUAUUGAGGGAUGGAAGCAUAUUGUGCACGACAAGGAUAGCGGUCGUGACAAGGAGAUCGAGCAGGCCGACGAAGUACACGAGGACGAGCGGAGUCGGCGACGCCGCACGUUAUGCGAGUAUUACGUUUGGCAUAGAGAUGCUGUGGAUAGGCCGCGAACUAGACGGUCGGACCUGUGCUGUUGA